AUGCACCGGGAUGUUCCUUCCCCUCGUGUACCGCCAGAGCUUAUCCCCGGCGUGAUCAGAAAUCUCCACUCAGACAAGCCCACCUUGUCUGCUUGUGCACUGGUCUCUCAAUACUGGUUUGAGCUCGCGCGCCCACUCUUGUUCAGAACGAUCACCUACAGCUACCAUUUCGAGCGCAAUCCAUCAAACUGGCCGCAUCCUGAACAUCCCUCGCCUCUCCUACCCCUUGCGUACUUUUUCGAGUCGCAGGCCGUCCUUUCCUCAAUGGUCUACAAUUUAGAACUCUUGAUGGCAGGCUCCGGAACGACUCGCGACGGUCUUGACAUCUUCGUUCGAAUCUUGCGGUGCUUUCCCCACCUGCAAUCGCUCAAACUCGCCGGCAUACCAUUUGAUCCCAUAUAUAAAAAUCCUCGAAACGCAGUCAGCCUCCCUGUCAUUCCACACUUGGGGGUAUUGAAAAUUGUCCACUCUGGUUACAGGGGAGAUAUGUAUGCGACCCAGCUCGGUGAUAUUCCAUAUGUGCUAUGCCUUUUCGGCGCAGUGCAGUCACUGGUAUUUGGUAGCCGUAUAGGCUGCAACACCCUCCUAAGCGAGUGGGAAUGGUGGCAACCCGAACACUCCCUUCCCUGCCCACAAAUCCAUUCAUUGGAGCUCAGCGACGCAUUCGUGUUAUCCGGGCCCACGCCCAUCCCUGGCCUUGAGAAUAUUCGCGUCCUAAAACUUCAUGUCGUAGACCAGGACGCACAUAGGCCCGUGUCCGGGUGCGUGCGGCGAUUCCUCAACAGGAACCACGAGAGCCUUCAAACCCUCCAGUUCAUCAUCAACCCCGUUGUCCCCAAAUUCUCUGACCUCGAUUUCAUCGACUUCUCGCCCCUGAGGUCUCUCCGGUCCUUGGUAUUUCCACUGCCAGCAUGGUGUGGCAACUCGACUGACCAAAGACCCAGUCGGCGCUCUGGUAUCACCGGCAUUCAUCACACGGCGUACACUUCUGUCGUGCGCGCGAUCGCAACGUCGCCCCCUUCAUCUCUGCAGACCGUCGUUGUCGAACUUUUCCUGUAUGACCCGUCGUGCCAUUGGGUAGAGUUUCCUCUGCGGGGUGCUCAGGAUUUGGAGGAGCUUGAGGACGUGUGUGUGCACAAGGCGCUCCCCACGUUCGAAAUUCGAGCAGGUCCGGGACAUGUAUUUUCUGAGCACGACAGGCUGCAGUUCAAGACAGCACUACCUAUUCUUUCAGAGCGAGGGGUAUUGCAAUUGUUAUAGGCUCUAUAGAGGGUGAAAAUGAGGUUGCAGAACUGUGUUCAACGUAGUACUUAUUUUAAUCAAGGAUCUGCC